GCUUUGAACGUUUCACAUCAGUAGCAGACGAGAACGGCCGCAUCCAGAAUGGGGAACGCCGAAUCAGCUCAAGAUGCGCAGUCGGGGUCAUACGAUUUCGGAGUGCAGGUGAGCGAUGGCUGUGUACGUGAGCUAGCCAUAACAAAUUUUGUGACGACCACGGCUACAUUUACGUGGAAUAUCAACCAGCUGAGGAGGUGGCCAAAAGGUACAUUCGAAGCAUCGUCGCCAGUGUUCGUGCACCCCAGUGCGAGCAGAUGGAGCAUGCAACUGUCCAAAGACCCCCACGAGGCCUUCUACCUGGGUUUCAUACUGAUCUCUUCUGAGAAGGGAGAACCUGUGAGAGCCACCAUCAAGACCAAGGCCAAAUGCAAAGUUGGUCAAAUAUCAGAGCUGCCUGUCAUAGAGUCUCAGCUGUUCAAAGUGGGCGAGGUGCAGAGGAAGGAGUGGCUGCGAGGCUUCAGCCAACCAAAGGAUGUGCAGUCAGACGAGCUACUGCUGGAGAGCGAGGUGGUCGUGGUGCGCGGCGUGGCGGAGUCCGCUCCAGGACCCGCCAACAGUCUCAAGGGUGACCUGGCAAUGCUGCUCAAGCUGGAGGAGGACGCUGACGUCACGCUGCUGGCCGGUUCCGGCGCGGAGCGGCUGAGGGCGCACUCGACGAUCCUGCGCGCUCGCAGUCCUGUGUUCGCUUCCAGGUUGCAGUCACCGGAGGUAGCCACCAAAUCUGGCUACGUGUUCGACAUGCAGGACGUGAAGCCGCGCGUGGUCAAGGAGCUGCUUCGGUACAUCUACACCGACAGUACUCCGGAGCUGUCUCAGAUGCCGGAGGAGCUGCUUCCCCUCGCCAACAGGUACGAGCUGAUGGGCCUGAUGAGGCGCUGUGAACUCGACCUUUGCCAGAAGCUGACAGUGGACAAUGCUGCCCGAACCGCACUGCUAGGGGUGAAACACUCCUGCCUGACGCUCCUGCAGGUCGUGGUGCCAUUCAUCGAGCAGAGGUACGGAGAAGUGAUGGGCACCCCUGGAUGGACUGUCGCUGUCCGCACCGACCCCGAAGCCAUGGCUACUGUCAGCCGACUCAUCUCCGAUGCUGCCAAGGGACAGUUCAAAAUUCGACUUUCAUCUCACUAACUGCGUUUUACUGGGGAUAGGCACAAGCCAGUGAAGAAACAAAAAGUCUGAUGUACUCACUUUUCCUGACUAGGCUGCGACAGUCCGCACCAACCUCGAUGGCUACGGUCAGCCCUCUGAUCUCGGAUGCUGCCGUGGGGCAAUUCAGAAUUCGAACCUCAUGUCAAUAAAUCUGUCUUAGUGCGGCUAGUCGCUACCCUGUGAAAAAAAAUUUUUCCCCAAGUACUCGACACUCCUCAAAU